UAUUGUGGAAGCUCAUAAGGAUAUUUAAUGCUUCAGAUAUGAUUUCAUUAUGAAGUAAAUGUUUGUUGAUUUUUUUAAUGAAUCAGUUGAAAAUAAGUACUGUGGCUCCGUCAAUACUCGUUGAAUACCAAUUUUGCGGAUUUGUCAUUGAGUGCACUUGGAUGAAAUGUCAGUUGAAGUGCAAUACCUAUUUACAAACACAUUGUAAUUAAUGUUGACAAUGUUGGAAUAUUUGCCAUGCACACACAUAUGUAUCUAUAAGCUGUGAAAUUCAGUACAUUCGCCAAAAAUAUAUUAUCCAGAAUAUCAAUGAAACCAUACAAGUUAUUUUCAAAACCAAUUUCUUUGAUAAUCAUAUAUUUUACUUAGUAAAUAAAAUUAACUUCCAUUUGAUCAGCAUCCUACCCAUGGAUCAUCGCCGUAAUAAUGCCCAGGAUGUGUUACGAUGUCAUCUCUGUGAGACUCAAGCCCCACCUAUGUACUGUGACAUCUGUAACCUAAAUUUGUGUAAACCCUGUGUUGGGGAACAUCUCUCGAAUGAAUCUACAGAACACAAAGUAGUGCCAUUCAGAAAGCGUGGAUCCACCCUUUACUGUUCAAAACAUUCCACCAAGUUGUGCGAUCUUCACUGUGAACAGUGUGACAUUCCUAUUUGUGUGCAAUGUGUAUCAUCUGGUGAACAUAUAGGUCACAAACAAAACGACAUUCUAAUAUUUUUAGAAAAGAAGAAUAAGGGUUUACAGAAAGAUCUGAAAGAAUUAGUGAAUUUGAUUAAACCAAAAUACCAGGAGAGUGCAUCUAACAUCUCGGUUCAAAAGUCUGAUCUGCGCAAAAACUCUAAGAAACUGAAAACAGCCCUGGACAAACAAGGAGAAUCUUUGCACAGAGAAAUUGAUAACGCCAUCAAGAAACUCAAGAACGAAGUUGAUGAACUGGAAUCAAAGGACCUGUUGGGAGACCUGAGACAGCGCCUGAAGCAGAAGGAUGAGGAGAUCGCCUAUUACAAGGAGCAACAGCAGCACCACAUCUCUGACCUGACCAAGCAACACCAGCAGCAGAGGAAGGAGCUGCUGCAGCAACUCGACUGUCUGCAACAUGAACUUCAGCAAACCAAAGAUGAACAGACCAAGGCCUAUACAAGUGAUGUCCAGAGUCUUAGAAGUCAGGUUCUGAUCCUCAUCUCCCAGGUGACCGAGUCCCAGAAUAAACUUGAGGCUGCAAAGGAUGCCCUGGAGAAGAAGAGUGGACGACUCCAGGAACUAGAACACAUCAGCACGAUCCAACGCGAGGAGUUCCAGAGACAGCGCGCCCAGGACGCGGGGCUGGUGGAGACCCUCAGACUGUCCCUGAUGAGGUACGAGAACGCCCUCAACGCGGAGAGGAAGGAGCACCAAAACACCAAGAAAACAUCCGUAGAACUCAGACAGUCUUUCAACCAGCUGGUGUCUGACCACAAGAAUUUGUCGGAGAAGUACGAUAAUGUCCGCAUGCAGGAACAGAGUGGUUGUACGGAGACAGAGAAGCAGAAGUUACUGGACCAGAUCGGUCGCCUGACAGCUCGGGUCUACGCCGGAGAGGAGGCCAUUAACUACCGAGAGGAGAAACUGAAGAAAGUGGAGGAGGAGAACAAGAAGAUUAAGGAGAAACUCAACAACGUGGUACCUGUGCUGAGGGCUCAGGGGGAGGUAUGGAAGUCCAACUUUGACGCAGAGAGAGAUUUCCGAAAGCGACUCCACGCGGAGAAGAGCCAGCUGGAGAACAAGUUGAAGCAGCUCCAAUUCCGGAAUCAGCAGCUGCUGGAUGAGAUGGAAAAUUUCUCCAAGCGGCAGUUCCAGGAAAUGCAGCAGCGCCACACCAACCAGGGCUUCCAGCACUCCCUGCAGCAACACCUGAGGGUGGGGCAACAGAACCACGGCAGCCCCUACCAGCCCCCCACCUACCCCACUCAGUCUUACCCUGGCCCCGCCGCGGGGGCAGGGGCUGUGUAUGACAACAGAUCUACUAAUAUGACCAUGGGGCAGUCUCACGGCGGAUCUCAGAAGGGGGAGGAGCUCCAGCAGUUUGAGUGUCCGAAGUGUAACCAGACGUGUCCAGACAUGGACACCCUCCAGAUCCACGUGCUGGACUGUAUCGAUCAGGACAUGACCUGACCUACUGACCUGUGAACUGCCGACCUGUGACUUACUGAUCUAUGACCUAUUGACUUGUGACCUACUUGUGAAAUACUUACAUGCUGAAAUGCUCCAUUCCUGAAGAUGAAGUGACAGUCUCUGUAUUGAAUCAAACAUUGCUAGGAUAAUGUAAUAUGGGUUGGUACAUGCACAUAUGUUGGUUGGAUGUGCAUUAAUUAUGUAUCAUUGCUAAACAUCAAUUAGUUGUUAUUUUUAAUGAAAUAGAGUCAAAUAUAAAAACACAAAUUUUAAACUCAGUUCCAAAACAUGCUUUUAAUGUGAUUUAUCAUCUUUCUGAUUUAUUGAUUCAAAAUUUUAGUUCUUAAGGUAUUAUAAUGACAGUUUUUUGGUUCCUUUGAAUUGUUUAUUCAUUAUUUGUUUUUACAGUCUUUUAAACUGUUGAUUUUACAAUAUAGAAUAUACAAUGUGAUUUUGUCAAUAAACGAUGUAAG